GUACAGCGCCCACACCCUCAACGACACCCAGAACCACUAGCAACACGCCACAACGGACUAAUACCACGCCAAACAGAACCACACCAGCGCCAAAUAGAAGCACAGCAGGGCCAAAUAAGACGCCUACCGAUACGUCGAAUACGUCAACCAACACACCAGCAAAGGCCGCCUCGGGUAGGGCUCCCUCGUGGAACACGAGUGGUCCAAGUGCGUACGCUAACAAGAACAACAAACAAGGGACAGCCACAGGCGACACUCUCGACAGCCUUACGCCACACACACACACACCCAUACACACACGCGCGCGCGCGCCAAGUAGCGACACAGCCAGACAGAGCGCUGAUACAACAACGGACAGUGCAGGGUCAAGGCAAACGCCAUCGGACUCAGCGGACGGAGUGGAUCUGUUGCUACAGCAGCAAAACCGGCGCAGAGAAUUAACGGAGCGAAAGAAGGAACAGCAGCGCAGACUACGCGAACAACAACAGGACAAACCAACAGCCCACACACGCACUACGCCACGACCCGAUACGCAUAUGCUGGCCGAUGGUUGGCAGCUCAGUGGCCCACCAGCGAGUAAGCCAAAGGUCAGAUCCACGACGCCUAAUAGGCAAACAUCAACAUCCAACCCCUCACGGACCAGUAACUCUAGUGAUAGGCAGAGUCCAGCGGAUACGGAUGGAUGGGGCAGCCUAGUAGGAAGCACCAACACCGCCGCUGCAGGCAGAGAUAACAGUCAGAUGAACAGCGGUGGUAGUAAUAGCGGUACUGGUAUUGCUAGCGGUAGUAUCACAGAUAGUCGGCGCGUGAGUGAUGGAUGGGGUGAUUUGGACGGCUGGGAUUUGGUCGGCGUACCCGCUGGCACAAGUACGACGGCCGUAACAGGCGGCUCAACCUACCCAGUAGCUACAGGCGCGUACGGGUCGAGCACGUCCAGACGGAACAGCCACGGCAACACGAAUACAUACGGACAACCCAGUCACGGGGACAACACCGGUGAGUACAGUUUCGGCGGCAAUGAUAACAGAUACAGCACUGUCAUGGGCGCAAGCAGUGCGAGUGCGACGAUGAACAAGGGCGUGAGCAUGUCUGUGGGAGAUUCCUUUGGUUCGUUUAGCGGUGGAACAGCGGCGGCUAGUCAAAAGCCCGCGGCGUUCGAUCAGGCUUACGGGAGAGCGUAUGGGCAGGCGGCUCAGGAUGCGCCGAUGAACAAUACACCUUCCAGCACACAAAACACUGGAGGAAACGCUUUUAUUGAUGAUCUGCUGGGGUGAGCAGAGGAUGCUGCUAAGAGAGCUUACUGAAUCCGUGGUAGCAUUGCACGGUAGAUAUACGCGGGUAGGGUAGGC